UAAAUGAAGAAGCAGCCUAUAAGAGCGUUCGCACAAUCUUUGUCCGAGUCAGUAGUAAAAAAUCAACGAAACGGAUUAGUUGACCAGUUCAGUUGAUCAAGCCUCAAGAUGCUUCUAAGCUGGCUUACACCGAUCUUUUUCAUCGACGUGAUCACCAAAGAUCUAGGGCACCAAGAGGGAACAUUCCGGAUCGAAGAUCUUCACCGCACCAAUGUAACAACCCAGAUUACGACUUGGGAUUCGGACAUCCAUCUGGCCCACAUGGAAGUGACAUCGGAUUGUAUGAAAGGUUACCCCGUACAUGUUUCGUAUUUUGUCAAAGAAAGAAUCGUCAAUGAAGAACCGCACAGUGUCCAAUCGUCGGAACAAUUCGAAAAGGAAACCAUUAUUUAUAGGGAUCUGUUGCCGGCGUUCGAAAGAAUGUUCAAUUCGAGCAUCACAUUCGGUCCAAAAUUUUUUAAGCACGUGACAACGCCUCACGAUAUUUUGGUGCUGGAAAACGUCAGAUCCAAAGGCUUCGGGAUGCACGAUUCAUACAAGCGGUUCAACUUGGAGGAUAGUAUAAAAAUACUUUCGAUCCUGGCGCAAUUUCACGCAGCUUCUGCCGUCUACCAUUCACAGCAUGGUGCCAUCAACGAAUCAUUCAAGGAAGGCCUGUUUGGAGAAAGUUCGGCAGAUGCUGGAGACCAAACCGUUCUUCCGUACUACAAACCAUUUGUCGAAAGCUUGGAGAGUAGAAAUUAUUCGAGCGAAAUUCUUGAUUUGAUACGUCAAUGGGAUCAGAAUCCAGUUUCCGCCAUUAGCAAGAUGUUGAGAUAUAAUCCGGACCGAUUCAACGUGCUCAACCAAGGUAAACUAUCCAGAUUCGAAUGCCCUUCUAUGUAUUCACCAAAUCAUCACCACGCCCUCCUGGUGCGACUAGAACCGUCCCUCUCCGUGGUGUUUAUCAUGGACAUAACGAAGCCCGAAAACUACCCUCAGCUCCAGAUUGGUCUACUCGGGUGGGCUAACAAUGUUCUCUUCCGAGGUGAUGAACUGCGGAUGAUGAAUUUCGAGGAAGCUUUCUGGGGAAACCCAUCGAUCGAUGUUCUCUUGCUCCUAUUCAACGCAGUGAAAGUAGAAGUGGUGGUCGCAUCAUUCGAUGAUCUGAUCAGUUUUUACUACCAGGAAUUGGCAAGGAAUCUCAAGCAACUCAACUAUUCCAAACCGAUACCGACUCUAGAGGACAUCCGGCAAGACAUUUCCCGUUACGGCUUUGUUGGUGCCAGUCAGUUGCAAGCAGACAUUCCGCUGAAUUACUAUACCUCGUACGCUAACCCGGAGGAAUCUAACUUCCCAGUACAGAUGGACAAUCCAGAAGGGUACGAAUAUCUGAAGGCUAUAUUUGAGAUGGAAGAAUUGCAGAACGAGAUCGGACCGCUGUUGAAUUUUGCAUACGAGCGUGGUUUUCUACAACUUCCUAGAAUUUAGAAAUAUUGAUCAAUUAAAAACUAAUGAUGCCAAAAAUCAAUCCAAAUUAGGGAAUGUGUAACAAUUGCGAAUUGGUCAAAUAAAAAUUUAAGCAAAUCGAUUCAA